GCCUGCGCUGCCGGCAUGGUGAAGGGGGAGCCUGCCGGGGCGUCGGCGCUGGCGGCGGGGGGGCAGGCCGCUGCUGUCACCGCCGGGGUGCGGCUGUCCCGGCGUCGCUGGGUCGUGUUGCUGCUCUUCAGCAGCUACUCCCUGUGCAACGGUUUCCAGUGGAUCCAGUACGGCAGCAUCAACAACAUCUUCGUGCGCUUCUAUGGCGUGAGUGCCUUUGCCAUCGACUGGCUGUCCAUGAGCUACAUGCUCACCUACAUCCCCCUGCUCUUCCCUGUCGCCUGGCUGCUGGACAAGAGGGGCCUGCGCCUCAUCGCCCUGGCAGGCUCGGCCCUCAAUGCCCUGGGUGCCUGGGUGAAGCUGGGCAGCCUGAAGCCACGCCUCUUCCCUGUCACCGUCCUGGGACAGGUCAUCUGCUCUCUGUCCCAGGUCUUCAUCCUGGGCAUGCCCUCGCGCAUCGCCUCCGUCUGGUUCGGCUCCCGCGAGGUCUCCACUGCUUGUUCCAUCGCUGUCUUUGGGAACCAGCUCGGCAUCGCUGUGGGCUUUCUGGUCCCUCCACUUCUGGUUCCCAAUGUGGAUGAUGUGGAGAAACUGGCCUACCACAUCAGCAUCAUGUUCUUCAUGACUGCAGGUGUAGCAACAGCCCUAUUCAUCCUGGUCGUCAUAGUCUUCAAGGAGAAGCCUCUGCACCCUCCGAGCCGAGCUCAGGCCUUGAUCCAGUCAAGACCAACAGAGGAGUAUUCCUACAUGCAAUCAAUCCUCCGUCUGUUCCGUAAUGCCAACUUCAUGCUACUUAUGGUCACUUACGGUCUGAAUGCAGGUUGCUUCUACUCCCUGUCCACUCUGCUGAACCGCAUGGUGAUCCAACACUACCCAAGGGAGGAGGUGAAUGCUGGAAGGAUUGGACUCACCAUUAUACUGUCGGGGGUGACUGGGGCUCUGAUCUCUGGCAUCUGGUUGGACAGAACCAAAACCUACAAGCAGACAACACUAGUUGUCUAUAUCAUGUCUCUGGUGGGAAUGAUAGUCUACACUUUCACUCUGAGCUUAGGCCACCUCUGGGUCGUCUUUGUGACUGCAGGCAUACUGGGGUUUUUCAUGACUGGAUACCUUCCGCUGGGCUUUGAGUUUGCUGCAGAGUUGACAUACCCAGAAUCAGAAGGAACAUCAUCAGGGCUCCUUAAUGUCUCGGCACAGAUUUUUGGUAUUGCCUUCACCAUCGGCCAGGGGCAAAUCAUGGAUCACUUUGGGACAAAGGCAGGAAACUUAUUUCUUUGUGCAUUCCUGUUACUGGGGAGCAUUAUGACAGCAUUCAUUAAGGCUGAUCUCCGAAGACAGCAGGCCAAUUUGGAUAACGAACAGACAAGACUCCAAGGCAGCAAUCAGAUCAUGGAUUAUGGGACUGUAGCUUGUAACCCUAACCCCAUCAAUUCCCAUUCCUGCUCACUAGUUCAUACACAAAGGGGAUGUGAACCUCUUUCCUGUGCACCCCUGACUCCUGCCUCAGAUGUCAGUCUUGCCCCACAAAAGUGAUGCCAGAAACCUGCACUGAUCCCAUAGUCCUUGAGGAAUCAAAGCUGUGAACGGAGGAGUGGCAGAGCUGGGAGAUGCAGUCCCCCUCAUUCCCAGCUUUGCUACCUACCCUGUCCGCCUGUUACAUGCACACCAUGGCAGGGGGACAGUGUGUGUGGGGGGGAAGCCUCAGGGUUAGGAGCCUAGUGAAGAGUGUGAAAGAGCAAAACAAGAAGGGAGUUGCUCUCUUCAGUUAUAUGUCUGCAUGCUGCUCUUCUGGAGACUUUCCUGCUUGGGAGGAAAAGCUGGGAAAACCCACUGUUUCUCCCCUACCCCAACAUGUACGCUUGGAAAAGAAAAAGCACACAGCUGAGAACAGGUCCAGGCUAUCCCUGAGAACAUGAGGGUGGCAGCCUGGAUGUGUCUGUCUCUCCUCUGACAGGCAAGCUGUGACAUGAAAUGCAGAAGCUGGACCAUGCUUGCUCUGUGAGCAGCCUUAGAAAAGCUUUCAGCUGUCUCUCAGGAAGAGGGAUUGCUCUGCUUUGGUACCUGUGAUGCUGUGUUGCACAGGUGAUGGUAGAGGCCUCAGCACAUCACCAGCAAGUGCUGGCUCUGGUUUUGUUACGUGGCUGCCCCAGAUGAAAUACUCUUGUGGAUAAACCUCUGCUCGGAAUUCACUGAGGUUGCCCUGAUGUUCCUAUAUAUUAGGAAUAUUUGAGAGACACCAAUCCUCCUACCUCGAGCCAAGGACUAGUUCUGCAGCUUAUAUUGAAGCUGUAGCCUAAGCCUAGUUCAUCACUACACUAGCCACAGGAAUGAGUCAAACUACAAGCUCCCUGGGCUGAUGACUCUGUCUUCCUCCUUAAUGAUAAAGUGCCUUUUGCAUGUUUCAGUGCUACAUAAAAACUUUUGUGAAGUGUUAUAUUGAGAUAACCAGCCAAGGCUAUGUUGCUCUUCACAGAUGAAGAGAGAGGUUUGAGUAUGAUUGGAAUCCAGAUCUGCUCCAGUGUGAAAGUUUCCCACUUUAUAAUAGAGAACAGGGAGAAGAAGCCCUUUUACCAGCAUUUGUGUCUCGUAGGCACUGCCCCUUUGUAUGCUGCUGUUUCUCUUCUAAAUACAAAUAUAGAUCCUUCUCCUUCCUUUCCAGCAUCCCUCCACUGGUGGAGACAUCAAGUGUACUUAUACUCCUUAAAUCAAAAACCACAACCAGGGGGAAUGGAUAAAAAUAGUCCUCUCUGGCAUACCAUUUUGACAAAACUUUUUUUUUCCUGUGUGAAACUGCAGAAUCUUUGGCGCAUUAAAAGAUUCAGUUUGUAUCUCAUGGCUUGGGGUUAAGGGUGGGGGUCUAAAAUGGCUUUUCAAUAGAAGUGUUUAUAUAAAAUAAAAACAUUUGAAGUGUACAAUGAAAUCUGACACAUUCAUAUUAAAUGGUAUGAUUCUAUGAAACGUU